GUGCAGGAAACAGGAAGGCCGGGCUGAAGCUCAAGAAGUGAAAGUAAAAGUAGAAACUGCAGAGGAGAAGCAGCACACUGACGAAGCAGAACGGAUCUUUUCCUAGAAUUUAACUCCCGACUGAACCUAAGAUGCUUCAGAGUUUAAAUCCCUGUCAGGAGAAAAGUGGAGGUUUCUGCUUUGAAAACAGCCGGAGGAACGCUGUGCUGGAGUCCAGUUUGUCCGAUGUCAGCUCCAAAGCUCCUCGCGCCAGGAAGACGGGGACCACCAUCGCUGGGAUUGUGUACAAGGAUGGAGUGAUCCUGGGAGCCGACACCAGAGCUACUGAUGACAUGGUAGUGGCGGACAAAAACUGCAGGAAGAUUCACCACAUCGCUCCCCAAAUCUACUGCUGCGGGGCCGGUGUGGCUGCAGACGCAGAGAUUGCAACUCAGAUGAUGGCGUCCAAUGUUGAGCUCCACACACUCAACACAGGCCGACCCCCCCUUGUCGCCAUGGUAACGAGACAACUGAAACAGAUGCUGUUCAGAUACCAGGGCCACAUGGGUUCUUCAGUGAUUGUUGGAGGGGUGGAUGUGACUGGAGCUCACCUGUACAGUGUUUAUCCGCAUGGUUCCUAUGACAAACUUCCUUUCCUCACGAUGGGAUCCGGAGCUGCUGCUGCUGUUUCUGUGUUUGAGGACAGAUUCAAAGCAAACAUGGAGCUGGAUGAAGCGAAGAGGCUGGUAAGAGACGCCAUCACUGCCGGGAUCUUCUGUGAUUUGGGCUCGGGCAGCAACGUGGAUUUGUGCGUCAUCACCGCGGCCGGAGCAGAGUACCUACGAGGUUACGACAGGCCAGCAGGGAAGGGGAAAAGAGAGGGACAGUACAGGUACAAGCCGGGAACUACGCCUGUCCUGACCAAAACCCAAACUCCUCUCAGUCUGGACGUGGUCGACGCAACUGUUCAGAUGAUGGACACUGAAUAAAAAAUGUCUACAUCCGGCAUGUUCAAAUAUGCAACGACGUCCGUACAUGCAAGAACAUGGCUCACAUUUGAUCACCUCCUUUUCUUACCGGCAUUCGUCCUCAGCAGUAUCUAACGGAUCUGUGUUAGCAUGACCAAUGGAACACGCAAAGUGAAAUGCUUGAUCCGUUCCAUGAGGAGAGUAGGAGCCGCAGUAUGAAUCCUUCUGUUCGCACAUUUGAACAUGUUUGUUUCGCUGAAGUCAAAUAAAAUCAAAACAGUUGAAAAAUACUGUGAAAAGUGUUGAA